AUGGCUUCGCGCUCAGCUUUCAGGGUCUAUGGCAGCCCGUCAGGCGUAUCCAUUCGCGACGAGUUCGUGGUGGAAGUCCGUCCCACAUCGCCUGGCAGCACUGAGAAGCAGCAAUGGACUCGCGUGCCAGCAUACGCCAUUGAGGUCGCCAACGCCAACAUUACACGAAACGACUUCAAGAGACAUACAGUGGCCUUAGCCUCAUUUGAUAUCAGCGGUCCUGUCGAUAUCAAAGUAACAUACACGGCUUGCCCCGUUAAAGAGGCAAUCAUUCGCCCGGUUUCUCUCGGCAUCGAUACUCAAGUUCAUGAGGGAGAGAUCACGUUCACACUCAACGAGUCUCGCGAUGUUAUGCUUGAGAUCAACAAUAACAAGUGGAAGGCUUUGCACUUGCUUACCAACGAGAUUGACGCAAACGCGCCGACGCAAGAUACCGAUGAUAUUUGGUACUUCGGGCCCGGGAUCAAUCAAGGGACCGCUUACUCAAAUAUCACUGACGGAGUCAACUUGAUGGUGCCGUCAGGCAAGACCGUCUAUCUCGCUGGCGGUGCAUUCAUCACCUGCAGACUCAACUUCGUCGGCGUUUCCAACAGUGCUGUCAAAGGCCAUGGCUUCAUUCUCGGCCCGAAAGACGGAUACGUCCAUAGGGAGCUUGGCGGGGCGAUUCACAUGAGCAACGCAAACAACAUCCUGGUGGAAAAGGUCACAUCAAUCGGGGCCAACGGCUUCAGUCUGUCGGCCGGAGAAUGUGACGGUGUUCGCGUUGACGGCUACCGGUCAUUUUCUUUUGCUGGAAACGGCGAUGGAAUCGACUUCUUCUGCUCAUCAAACAUCAUCAUUGAAAACUGCUUCCUGCGAAACUCAGAUGAUACCAUUGCUCUCUAUUCCCAUCGAUGGGACUGGUACGGCGACUCGAAAAACAUUACGAUCCGAAAAUGUGUGCUACUGCCAGAGAUUGCGCACGCCAUCAAUAUGGGCACGCACGGGAAUCCUGCCAAACCAGAGACGACAAGCAACAUUUGCAUAAGCAAUAUCGAUAUCUUGGAUCACGAGGAGAAUCAGCUGUGGUAUCAAGGGUGCAUCGCCAUCAACGCUGCUGAUGAGAACCUCUUUCAUGAUAUCCACAUAGAGAAUGUCAGGGUUGAGCGAAUCACGAAGGGUCAAUUGUUCAAUCUCCGUGUCAUGCAAAACGCGAUGUGGACGACGGCGCCAGGUAGGGGAAUUCGUGAUGUGGUCUUCAAGAACGUGUCACUCGACAUGGGACACUCCAAAAUUGUCAACCCUUCACAGAUCCUGGGUUACGAUCAGCAGCGACAGAUAGAGAACGUCAAAUUUCAGGGCCUCAGAAUCGAGGGUCGAGAAAUCCAUGAGGGUAUGGAGAAGCCCAGGUGGUACAUGGUCGCCGACUUGGUUCCUGUUUUUGCCAAUGAGCAUGUCAAAGGCUUAUCGUUUGAGGAUUUGACGUCUUAG